CUCCUUUGUCAGUGCCCAUUAUUCUUCAUGCUUCUUAGCCUUUGUCUUCAUCACUGUCCCCUUUUUCUUGCUUUUAAGAUCUUUUUGUUGUUCGGUCUUGACAAGUCACACGAAUAUAAGUAUGAAACAGCUACUGUGUGUGUUUUCACUCUAUAAAGCGUAGCGCAUUUUUUUGUCAAGUCUCUACUUCUGAUCUGAUUUCUUCUCUUAACUCUUUGUCACGUCUUGCGCAAAAGUUAUGAUUCCAGAGCGUCAAGAAGAUGUCAAGCGGCCACGAGACUGUGAACUGUGUCUCAACAAACACGCGGUUUGGUAUUGUGCAUCCGAUGAUGCUUUCUUGUGCCAUGUUUGUGAUGAAUCAGUGCAUCGUGCAAACCAAGUGGCGACAAAACACGACAGAGUUUGCCUUAAAACAAAUGAGAUAUCUAAUGGCGUGCUUCAAGGAACGGCACGAAAGCCGGUUUGGCACAGCUGGUUCAGAAGAAAACCAAGAACACCUAGAGUCCGUUGCGAGAGAAAGCCACAAGGGAAGGUAGAUGAUGAGAGAAGAAGAGAAGGCCCUCAUGUUCCCGAGAUUGGAGGCGAAACCAAUGAAGAAGAUGAGAAUCUAACUUCUCUUGUGCCAGAGUUUCAGGGAUUUAUAGAGAUGGAAUUCUUCUUGAGCAACCAUGAUGGUUCUGAAGAAACAAUGAGACAAUUCAACGUUGACCAUGAAACUGAUGAAAUGGAAGAUCUAUGUUACAUUGAAGAAGAAGGUAAAACCAAUGGAGAUGAAGCAUGUCAUGAACAAUCUUUGACGAGCUGCAAGAAUGAGUACGACAUUAAUCCCACCCUGGUUACAACAACGACAGAAGAAAAUGCAAAGCAGAGGAACUUGUUACUUAGACUUAACUACGAAAGUGUUAUAGCGGCAUGGGAUAAACAAGAAUCCCCAACAACAGCAACAUGGAACCAAAAUGAGUUUAGCAACACAAGUAACUUCCAGCUAGUUCCUCCAGGGAUAGAGGAGGAGAAAGUAAGCAACAGAAGUGAGAGAGAAGCAAGAGUAUGGAGGUACAGAGAUAAACGCAAGAAUCGUUUGUUUGAGAAGAAGAUAAGGUACGAAGUUAGAAAGGUUAACGCAGACAAAAGGCCGAGGAUAAAAGGUCGAUUUGUCCGGAGAUCUUUAACCAACGACUUCUAGGAAUGGAUUCUCAGAUUCUUCUUUGACCGAGUUCUUGUCACAUAAUAUCAAAGUAGAAUAAACAAGAAUUCGGAUACUAACGAAUUCUAGUCACACAUAUUAUCAAAGUAAAAUAAACAAGUAACUAGAUUCUGACCCGCGCGGCUGCGCGAAAUUAUUUUUGUUUGGUUCCGGUUUACUUAUGAAUUUUGAUUUUCGGUUCAAUAAAUAUAGUAAUAGUUUGGCAAUU